GGGGUUUCACCGAAGUCACAUGACAGAACAAAAUGGAGGUUUGCAGUCUGUACGUUAUUGCUCUGCUGUUUCUGCUACAAAUAUGUAUGACAGUUUCUCGCCCAAGCGAUGUCACUGAUUUCACGGCAGAUGCAGCUACAUGCGGUUACGAAAGCUGUAACCCUGUGAAGGAGGGGAUGAUCAAUGUACACAUAGUUCCACACACACAUGAUGAUGUUGGCUGGCUGAAGACUGUGGACCAGUAUUUCUACGGAGACCAUAAUGAUAUUCAGACUGCAGGGGUACAGUACAUCCUUGACUCAGUCAUCCCGGAGCUGCAGAAGGACCCCACACGCAGGUUCAUCUACGUGGAGAUCGCAUUCUUCGCCCGAUGGUGGCGCGAACAGGACGACAGCAUGAGACAUGUAGUCAAAGGACUUGUCAAGGAAGGUCGCCUUGAGUUUAUCCUUGGAGGAUGGUGCAUGAACGAUGAGGCGUCCACCCACUACAACGCAAUAAUUGACCAGCAUGCACUGGGGCUGGAGUUCCUCAGGACAAAUUUUGGAGAGUGUGGUCGUCCUCGGAUAGCUUGGCAGAUUGAUCCAUUUGGACACUCACGAGAACAAGCUUCUCUGUUUGCACAGAUGGGAUACGAUGGUCUGUAUUUCGGGCGCCUUGACUACGCAGACAAGGACAGGCGACUGAACCAUACAACGAUGGAAAUGCUAUGGCGAGGAAGCCCCAAGAACAUUGGGGACAGAGCGGAUCUGUUCACCGGAGCCCUGUUCAAUGGCUAUUCACCACCAGGUGGCUUCUGCUAUGACACCUUUUGUCAAGACGAACCUGUCAUGGAUGAUGAGCGUCUCCAUGACUACAAUGUGCCUGACAGAGUUGCUGCCUUUCUCAAAGCUGUGCAUGACCAGGCCCAGCACUACCAGACGGACCACAUCAUCAUGACGAUGGGCUCGGACUUCCAGUAUUCCAAUGCUCACACCUGGUUCAAGAAUCUCGACAAACUCAUGAAAUAUGUGAAUAAUCAGCAAACCGCCAACAACAGCAAGGUGAAUGUCCUGUACUCCACCCCGUCCUGCUACACCUACCGCCUGAACCAAGCAGACAAGACCUGGACCACCAAGGAGGACGACUUCUUCCCCUACGGGGACGGCCCCCACGCCUACUGGACCGGCUACUUCAGCAGCAGGGCUGCUCUCAAGAACUACGCCAGGAGAACCAACAAUUUCCUACAGGUGGUGAAACAGGUGGAUGCACUGGCCCAGUUGGAGGACACUGAUAACAGCACCUACAACAUAGAAAUACUCAAGGAGGCUAUGGGUGUCGCCCAGCAUCAUGAUGCCGUCAGUGGUACAGAGAAGCAAGCUGUGGCGUAUGACUAUGCGGAGAGAUUGGCUAAUGGUGUGAAUGAGUGCCAGAAAGUAGUGAAUGACGCCUAUGGUAAGCUGCUCCCUCUGGGGACAAUGAAGCCUCCUGGUCAAGGGUUCUGCACUCUCCUCAACAUCAGCAUGUGCGCUGCCACAGAGUCACAGAAGGAGUUCCAAGUGUUUGUGUACAACCCCAUCGGAAGGUCGGUGACCUACACUGUCCAUCUCCCAGUAGUGGGCAGUGACUACAGCAUCACCGGACCACAUGGGGAGGCCGUCAUGUCGGAGGUGUACCAGAUCUCGGAGGACACAUUCCGCAUCCCGGAGAGGAAGGGGGCUCUGGCUGCCAAUGAACUGUGGUUCUCUGUGACUGUCCCAGCUCUGGGAUUCAGCACCUAUUUUGUGUCUAUGAACAGCGCUGCUGAAAGCCACGUGCGACCUAAGAAGUCAUUUUCUGUGGGUGCUGACACCACUAUUGGGAAUCAGUACAUCAGCUUGACGUUUGACGGGAACUUUGGUCAGCUGAAGUCCAUGAAGAACCUGAAGAAGAACCUGGACAUCAGCCUCGGCCAGAGCUUCAUGUUCUACCCCGGCUACGCAGGCAACAACAGCGGUGAUGAGAACCAGGCCUCUGGCGCCUACAUCUUCCGACCAAACGCAACUUCUCCCACCAAUAUUGGCAGCAGCGCCCAGCUGUCCCGCAACAGUUACAUACGAGAGGGAAAGCUAGUUGAGGAGGUCUACCAACAGUUUUCACCGUGGGCCACGCAGAUGAUUCGAGUGUAUGAGAAUGAGCAGUAUGCCGAGUUUCAGUGGACUAUCGGCCCGAUUCCAAUAGACGACAAGAUCGGGAAGGAGGUGAUUACUCGAUACACCACAGACUUGGCCACACAGGGCCUCUUCUACACCGACGCCAAUGGCAGGGAGGUGCUCCGGAGACAGCGCAACCACCGCGACACGUGGGACCUGAACGUGACGGAACCCGUGUCUCAGAACUACUACCCCGUCAACAGCAGGAUCUACAUGCAGGACGUCAGCAGGAACCUGCAGCUCACUGUCCUCAACGACCGGUCCGAGGGUGGCGGCAGUCUUCAGGACGGCGCGCUUGAGCUGAUGCUGCACCGUCGGCUGAUCAAGGACGAUGCCCGCGGUGUGGGGGAACCCAUGAACGAGACCGGUGCUGAUGGCAAGGGCCUGAUUGUCCGAGGCUACCACUACGUGUUCCUUGACACCAUCGCCGACUCGGCCCGACUGCACCGUGACCUCGGGGAAAGACUCUUCAUGGCACCAUCAUUGUCCUUUACCAAUGUAAAGACGAAGUAUUCCGACUGGAGCAAGAACUUCAAAACAAAUUGGUCUGGACUGAAGCGUGAGUUGCCUGCCAACGUUCACCUGCUGACCUUGGAGCAGUACGCUGGGUCCGGCCCCGCCCCCUCCACUCUGCAGCCCUACCUGCUGAGACUGGAGCACUUCUAUGAGAAGGACGAGGAUGCAACUCUCUCUGCCCCGGUCACAGUAUCCUUGAAGGAUCUGUUUGUGCCCUUUGAUAUCGAGUCUGUGACAGAGCUAACACUGGGGUCCAACCUGCCACUCGCCCAGCUGAACCGCCUCAAGUGGAAGACGACAGACAGUGGAAACAAAGAUACGACCUUGAGGUUUAAGCCUGAGUCCCACCCUGAACAGGCAGCUGCUCCCCUGGACAUAACGCUGAACCCCAUGGAGAUCCGGACAUUCCAGGUGAAGCUCCGGACCACGCAGCACUAAGCACACAGCAAAGACCACUGGGGACAACCACCGGCAAACUAACACGGAAAUUAUACCUGAUCCUGAUAAUGUGACGCUAAUGAAUGCUAUUUUACAAUUUAGGGGGGAUGGGGGCAGGGAGGGAUCAUCAAAUGAUCAACAUGUAGGCAUCACAAGAGGACUUCCUUGACGUGUGGGAGGAAACUUGUGUGAACAUUGUGUGUGUACAGGGGUAUGUGUGUGUGUGUGUGUACGGGUGUGUGUGUGUACAGGGGUGUGUGUGUGUGUGUGUAUACAGGGGUGUGUGUGUGUACAGGGGGUGUAUGUGUGUGUAAUAUCUCCCAAGGUAAUGAACUGAAUCACUAUCGUAGGUAAAACUGGAUGGAAUACAAAAAGGAACAUGCCAGUUCUAAAUCACAUUUUGUUGUGUUGGUGUUGCCUUGUCUGUUGUAUGAUUGAUUGGAUAGUUUAUGUGUUUUCUCUUUGAACACACAAUCCCAUUUAGAAAGUGGUCAAAUGCAACAAAUGAUAUAUUUUGGAUAACACUUUCUUCGUAAAGUACAAUUUCUCGUUGACAUUUUCACAAUACACUUUACAGGUUGUGACAUGUCAAUAUGAAGUUCUCCGUACUGUAGGUGAUGUCAGGGAAGACAUUGAACUAGCAUACACAGGUAUGAAAGCGUAAGAAGUGAACAGCACUGUGAACUAUGUUUAGUAUUAUUAUAUGGUGACAAACAUCAAAAUGUUUAUCACAUCACUUAACAAUAUUCCAAGGAGGAUACAAGGUUGAAGUCUGAAGUGCAAUAUUCGCCAGCAACAAACAGUCAUGUAAACUACAGCAUUGUGUCAAAAUUGUGAUGAUAUCUUCUUGCAACAUUGUUUCGAGAUUGUUGUGAUGAUAUCUUCCUACAACAUUGCAGGGUUGCACACUCUUGCAUUUUGAAGCAUAGUAUUAAGACAAAGUAUAUCGUAAAUGCAUUACAACGAAUACACCAAACAGAAACAGAAAUUGAUUCAUGGAGUAUUUGCUUUCAUAUUUUAUAUAUUUAUAUAUGUUUAUAUGUUAGCUUAACUUGUGAUCACAAAAUGCAUCCUUCCUUUUAAACAAAGCUCUAGUCGUGCUUGCCAUUAGUUUGGACAGAUCAUUCGUUAUUGUGCAGCAGUCAAUGAAAGUAUCACAGUCUUCGCUGUACCAUUCACUCCAAACAAUUAAUGCCUUUAUGCCAAUAAAGUUUUUACUUCAUU